UGAGUUAAAACGGCAUAAAAGACCUGCAGAUAAAUCUCUGCAAUGCAUUAUCAGUAAAUCUAAAACAGACUGGCGCAAAAACAGUUUUUAGGCCACGUCUACUGUGGCAUUUGAACAUCAACAACUGCUGCCGUUUGACUCCAUCCCUAUCAGUAGAUGAAGUUCAGUCGGUUGUAAAUGUGGCGAGGGGGGCGGACGAACACAGCGGGACUCUCCUCUGCUGUCCUGCGUUAACAUUGUUGUGGAACGACGUCACAGCUCGAAAAUGAAGGCGCAGAGGCAGCCAUUACUGGAGCUUCUCUAAUUAUUUUAUUCCAAAUAAAUACUCGAGGAAAACUCCCAUGGCAAGAGCUACAAGUCAGCUGUAUGAUGUUGUGCCCAUUCAGCCCAGUGUUGUCAUCUGUUCCUGCUCGCAUCCAUCAAUGGUAAGAAACCACCCUGACUCCUGCUCGCCACUUGCUAUCCCAGGCGCAAGCAGUAGCCACUGUCCCAGCAUGGAGGGCUCAGCCUCGGAGGCCCGUGCUGUAGGAGCGUCUGCCAGCAGCCAGGUCUCAGACCUCCGCACGCAGCCGGCUGUCCAGACCCCUCAGCCACGCAAGAAGAAGCCAGAGGACUUCAGAUUUGGCAAGAUACUGGGAGAGGGCUCCUUCUCAACGGUUGUCCUGGCAAGAGAGCAGGUAACAGGGAAAGAAUAUGCAAUUAAGAUUUUAGAGAAGCGCCAUAUUAUGAAGGAGAACAAAGCCCAGUACGUGAAAAGAGAAAGGGAUUUGAUGUCAAAUCUAGAUCACCCAUUCUUCGUCAAGCUCUACUUCACAUUUCAAGAUGAUGAGAAGUUGUAUUUUGGUCUCAGCUACGCCAAGAAUGGAGAGCUCUUGAAAUACAUUCGCAAAAUUGGUUCAUUUGAUGAGACCUGUACUAGAUUCUACUCAGCUGAAAUAGUUUGUGCUCUAGAAUACUUACACAAUAAGGGGAUAAUACACAGAGAUCUGAAACCAGAGAAUAUUCUUCUGAGUGAAGAGAUGCACGUCCAGAUAACAGAUUUUGGGACAGCAAAACAGUUAUCAUCAGACAGUAAACAAGCAAGAGCAAACUCCUUUGUUGGAACAGCACAGUAUGUGUCCCCAGAGCUGCUAACAGAGAAAUCAGCCUGCAAGAGCUCUGACCUCUGGGCUUUGGGAUGUAUUAUCUAUCAGCUGGUGGCUGGUUUACCACCGUUCAGAGCUGGAAAUGAGUACCUAAUAUUCCAGAAGAUAAUCAAGCUGGAGUAUGAAUUCCCAGAGAAAUUCUUCCCCAAAGCCAAGGAUCUUGUCAAACAGCUUUUGUCACUGGAUCCUUCCAAGCGGAUUGGGUGUGAAGAGAUUGGAGGGUAUGACCCUUUGAGGCAGCACCCUUUCUUUGAUACCAUCUCCUGGAGUGACCUACACCUACAGACACCCCCCAAGCUCACCCCCUAUCUGCCAGCCAUGUCUGAGGAUGAUGAGGACUGCUAUGGAAACUAUGAUGAUCUCCUGAGCCAGUUCAGCAACAUGCAAGUGGCCCAGUCCAGCUCAUCACACUCCCUGUCGCCACAUGAAUCCACGCCCCCACAGAGGUCCAGCAGCAACAUCGAGCAGUAUAUCCAUGAUCUGGACAACAACUCCUUUGAGCUGGACCUGCAGUUCACUGAAGAGGAGAAGCAGCUAUUGCUAGAUAAACAGACCACUGGAAACCCCUGGCACCAGUUUGUGGAGAAUAACCUGAUCCUGAAAAUGGGCCCAGUUGAUAAACGAAAGGGUCUGUUUGCUCGAAGACGACAGCUGCUUCUCACUGAAGGACCACACCUGUACUACGUGGAUCCUGUCAACAAGGUCCUGAAAGGGGAGAUUCCUUGGUCCCUAGAGCUACGCCCUGAGGCCAAGAACUUCAAAACCUUCUUUGUUCACACGCCUAACCGAACAUACUAUUUGAUGGACCCCAGCGGAAAUGCUGACAGAUGGUGCAAGAAGAUCCAGGAAGUGUGGAGAAAGAUCUAUCAAAGGCACCAAAACCCUGGCCUAUAGGAGUACAGUUCCUCCUGUGGCCACUCCUCUUUAGCUCUGAGGCCAAUCACUGAGCAGAGUAACACCCUCUUUAGUGCCCUUCAUCACCGCAGUGUAAACAAACUCUUAGAGACGCUGGCAUCUAGACCUUGUUUGUUUUCCUGAGUAGAACCAUGGGAAAAAUACAACUUUGGAUUCAGGGUUGCUUUGCUUGUUCUUUGUGCUCUCUGUGAGGCUUCUAUUGCAUUUUUCCAUGUAUGGAUGAUAAGACUGCCACCAUGCACAUCUGCUUUUUGUACAUUCUGCAGGGGGAAUAAGAAGGGCAAGCCUGUCCUGUAGAGUGACACAAGCUUGGGUACCGCUAGGACUAUCUCAAAUGCAAGGACUGGUUUCCUGCUUCAAUGAUACCAUAACACAAAAUCUAGCUUUUGUGAACCAGAGCCUAUCCCGAUAUCUUAAUUAAACCAUAUCCUAAUCCUACAUUGUACGUGCAAGCUGUAGUCAGGCCCCACUUUUAGUGCAUAUACUCCAUAGUUGUAACUGAUACUGUAAGCUGAUUCAGUCUCACACGUUUACCAAACUCAAAUCCUAUAUAUAUUUUUGUCAGAGCCCAAAUGUUCCCAAGGUAUUUGAGUUGUUUUUUUAGUCUCUUGGUACUUGCUUAUUGCAGUCCAGUUAAGGUCUCUAUGUAACCAAGCAGAGUGCCGGUCUGCAGUGAGACAUGGGUCUGAAUCAGUCUCUGUAUAAGUGUGAGCCUUCAAUUGCCGUUACUGAGGAUGUAUUGCUAACAGGGGGCGGGUAAACAUGCCACUAGCUUGUACUUCCUAAUCAUAACUUGCUUAUCUUUCCUGCAUGGCCAGUUUUGUAGCUCAGCCUUGUCCGCUUCUCUCUCCUAGGGCACUGGAGUUAUAGUUUAUUCAAGUUUAAAGGUGGGUAUUUUUGACUGCAUUGGCAACCAUAGCGAAUAUUAUUGGAUGAUUUGGCUGUUCUGUACCAUUCACUGGCUAUUUCUUUGUGGUGUGAAUUCUUCAAUUUCUUUUUCGGUGGGAAAGUCGGCUCAUCUUCAGUACGUCCUAUUGAAAACAAAAUCUUAUGUGCUGACCACCCUGUGCUGAACAGAAAACUUUCAUCAACAGAGAUACAUACACAUACUAUCAUUCUCGGAAGCAAUCGCAGAAAAGCUGUUGUCCCUGGACAAGAUGGCAGACCUGCCUCAUCGGGCUCAUUAGCCCGUCUUUCUGGUUUUGUUUUUUUUUUUUUUUUUUUUUUUUUUUUUUUUUCCAUUCUGACGUUUGGCCCAAUAGAAAUUAAAGCGAUUGAUUUAACUUGUGCUCUUGUUUUAGCAAUAUGUAUUAUCAUAAUGCUUUUAAUUUUUGACAUAUUACCUUAAGGUCCUUUCCAAAGGUCCUCUUCCUUCAGCUGAGUCUGUGUGUGCAGUGUGUGACUGGAGUAUAGGUGAAUAGGACCCUCUGGCCCUGGGGCCCAGGGCUCGAUGUGGUUGGAUGUCAGUUAAAGGAUAUCUAUCUGAUCCAAAUAACCGAUGAAAUUGCUGUAUCUGUCUAUAAAGUUGAGAAAGCACUAGAGAAGUGUUUUCCUCUAGUUAGAAAAAUUGUUUGAAUCAAGUCGAUGGCAGUCGGUUACAUUGUGUAUGGAAUACUCUACCUGGCUUGUAACUGACUAGAACUGUGAUGUACAGAUGAUGUAUUAUUAAAAUCUGAAGCAAGUAAUGCAAUGAUAUUA